AUGGACAUAGAUUAUGCUAUAAGGAAAGAUGAACCGCAUAAGAUCACUGAUACCAGCACACCUGAACAAAUUUUAUUGUACGAACGCUGGGAGAAAUCUAAUCGCCUUAGCGUGAUGUACAUUAAGACAAAAAUCAGUGCUGGUAUACGUGGUUCAAUCGAGCAACAUGAGAAUGUCCGUGAAUUGUUAAAGGCUAUUGACGAGCAAUUCGUCACUUCAGAUAAAGCCUUGGCAAGCACCCUAAUUAUGAAGUUCACAUCCCUGAAGCUCACCGGUAUAAGAGGUGUGCGUGAACAUAUCAUGGAGAUGAGGGACAUUGUGGCUCAAUUGAAGAAACUCGAGGUAGAAAUGUCUGAAUCUUUCUUGGUGCACUUUAUCCUUAACACUCUUCCACUUCAAGGAAGGAAGGUUAUUGAUGGAACAAGGAGAAAGUGCCAUGCUGGUGACGCAAAGGAAAGGAAAGAAAGGAAAACCUCAAGCUAG